UUUGUGACGAGUUGGACGAGACAUUUGAGUCUUUCUGAUUUGUCUUCAAGUGAAAUUAUUUAAUUUGAAUGAAUUUUCAUUGUGAUUAAUGUGAAUUGAGAUAUAAUGAUGCAGUGUGUGACUGCAAAGAUGGCCACGGGAGUGGUUGUCAAUCAGCCAGCAAACUCUAAACCUGCAUCUCCCUUAAACAGAGAUUUAAAACAGUUUGAUAACAUAUGUAGAACGUGUGCUCAGCCUGCAGAUUAUCUUAUACCCAUAUUUGAGGGAGAAGGUUUAAAAAAAAACUUGCCAGAACUGAUAAAUAAACAUCUUCCAAUAAUGGUAUCACCAGAUGAUGGCAUGCCACAUGUACUGUGCUACCACUGUGCAACCACUGUCCUAGCAUGGCAUGAACUCAAGCACAUCUGCGUGCAUGCAGAUGAAGCUCUGAGGCAGCGUUUCCAAGUUCUUCAGGCUCCCAUAGCAGAUGAAUUCGAAAAACAGCAGCAGUUCAUUCAACAAAUCAGUGCAGAACAAGAAAAGUCGGCAGAAGCCCCGGACUUCGCCCAGCCGAUGGAUCUCCCUGAAGCCUCCGCCUCUCUCGAGCGGAUCAUCUGCUGUGUGUACUGCGGCGAGCACUGUCCGCAGACCCAGUACAGACGCCACGUGGUCUCCGAGCACGCCGAACGAAUCUUCCACUGCGAAGACUGCGACAGCUACGUCGACCGCGAGAUCUUCAUCCCGCACAUGUCGUCCCACGCCAUGCUGUACGCGCGCCAGGCCCAGGAGGAGCGCGCCCGCAGGGAGGCCGCGCGGCAGGAGGCGGUGCGGCGCGAGGCCGCCCUGCUCGCACGCAUUAAACGGGACGUCAGCGAGGAGCCCGAGCCCCGCCCCCCCAGCGCUGCUGACGACGGUCUCGUCGAAGAGCCGGAACCCGAACUCCUCCAAGCGGAGUCGGCCGCCGAUCCCGGAGGUUUCUCCGAACACAGCGACGACGAUCGCUCCGAACCCCUACCGGACGAGGCGCCACGUGCUCUCGAAGACGAACGGGAGGCACCUGCGAAGCCCCAGACCGUGCCCCCGGAGCGCCCGGCCCGCGCCUGUCCCGUGUGCGGCAAGACGUACCGCGCCGCCUCCAGCUACUUCUACCACGUGAAGCACGCGCACGGGGCCGAGCGCGCGCACGCGUGCCCGCACUGCGACAAGAAGUUCACCACGCGCGCGGCGCUGCGGGAGCACGGCGCCGUGCACUCGGGCGAGCGGCGCCACGCCUGCCAGCUGUGCGGCAAGCGGUUCGGCUCGCGGGCCGGCCUCUACAUCCACGCGCAGACGCACGGCAGCGCGCGCCAGCACCGCUGCGCCACGUGCGGCGCGGCCUUCCGCUGGCGGACGCAGCUGCAGCGGCACCAGCGCCGCCACGCGCCCGCGCGCCCGCACGCCUGCGAGCUGUGUGCCCGCACCUUCCGCGCGCGCGCCGACCUGCAGCGGCACCGCCACACGCACGCCGCGCGCCGCCUGCGCUGCCCGCGCUGCGACGCCACCUUCGCGCAGCCCCGCUACCUGCGGGUGCACCUGCGCAACAAGCACGCCGCCGCGUGAGGCCCUGCAGCGGCACCGCCACACGCACGCCGCGCGCCGCCUGCGCUGCCCGCGCUGCGACGCCACCUUCGCGCAGCCCCGCUACCUGCGGGUGCACCUGCGCAACAAGCACGCCGCCGCGUGAGGCCCUGCAGCGGCACCGCCACACGCACGCCGCGCGCCGCCUGCGCUGCCCGCGCUGCGACGCCACCUUCGCGCAGCCCCGCUACCUGCGGGUGCACCUGCGCAACAAGCACGCCGCCGCGUGAGGCCCUGCAGCGGCACCGCCACACGCACGCCGCGCGCCGCCUGCGCUGCCCGCGCUGCGACGCCACCUUCGCGCAGCCCCGCUACCUGCGGGUGCACCUGCGCAACAAGCACGCCGCCGCGUAACGGCCCUGCGAUAUUGUAUUCAGAUUGUUUCGUUAACUCUAAUUGUUGUGAUUAAUUGUAGACGCCUGCGCGCUGCGACAGUCCAGAGUUUCUCAAACUUUACGUUGUAAUUCCUAUGCAAAUCCAAUUAAAAGCUAAUUAAAAAACAAAGGAAAAAUGACCGUCGUGAAAUAAGUGAUACCUUCCGGCCGGCCCGCGGGGCUGCUGGGUCUGGUCCCAGGGCUGACAACUUUACGUCAAGUUUCAAUCUCUCAGAAAUCCUGGUCUGCCGAAGACAAUGAGCGUACCGUUGCUACUAUACCACGCUUCUGUACCUACUACUUGUAUUUACUCAUUGCCGUACUGUAUAUAUUACGUUUAUCUCUAUAGGAAAACAAAACUACUUCGAAUUAUACCUUAUGUCUAAGCCAUAAAAUUAAAUUUAAAGAGUAUUUAGAUGGUUAAUUAAUGCUUUGUUUUUCUAACAUGGGCACAAAAUGGUCGGUAGGUUUGUUUAAAGACUUCGCAAUAGACACAUGUUGUGUAAAAUUUGCAAUACGUUAACCGCUACAGUGGCUCCCCCUCCCGGCUGCAGAAAUUCGCAGUCUGGACGGAUUGAGCCAAACGAGCCUAUUCCACAGUUUGUAGGGCUGUCCAAAUCAAGACUGUUUUUUUCAAUACUGAUAAUAUUACAUUUAGUUUAUGAUGAUCCGCCACUUAGUUGGCGCCCUAAUAUUUUUGGCCCGUUAACAUAUCGAGCUUGGACGGCCCCGCUCCAGUCCACCUCCCCAGCUCUCGUCGCAAGAUGCGCGGACUUGCUCAUGAAUUAAGUUCAUUUGUCAAAGUUGGUCUCCAGCGAGGGCUUAAGCCAGAUUAUGUCCUGCUUGUGUCGGCACUGUCGAAGCAGUUACCCUCUGCAGGUAGUCUCUUAGCUCGUUAUGAACUAUCCAUGACCUUAAAUCCCAUUUGCGUUUGAAUUGACCCUGUUAAAAUAAUGUGUACUAAUAAAAUAGUGCAUCAAUUCAUCGUGAAAAUAAUAUUAUUAAAAAACUACUAAACUUUAUGAAUCUCCCUUUGCUUGGUUUUUUUUUUUUUGUUAACCGUGGAUUUGUCUGUGGCACUCCAAGGUUACAAAGGGAAGUUGGACUUUUUGGCGGGAACGCGAGGAGUGAAGUUUUGUGAUUUGUUUUAUUUGGUCUAUUUAGUGUUUCUUCGGGUUUAAAUGUGUAAUA